GCAAUUUAGAACCAUCCGUAAUAUAAAUCAAAAAGUGCUCAAAAACAUACUCUGGCCUUGUGAGUAACAUCAAUGAUUUGGAGAUAAGAUAAAUUAAAUUAGUUAAGAUAGAUGAAGUUAUUGAUUAUAAUAACAAUAUGGUUUUCAUGGAAAUUCUGUGCACAAUGUAGGCGCUAAUACCAUUUUAUGGCCAUUGUGAAAAGCAUAAAUAGAUGAAAUAUGCCUAAUUCAUGACUUGUACAGUCAACAGGAUGUUCAUCAUUAUUUAAUUGAACCCAUUUAUACAAACUGUAAUGGUAAGCUGUUAGACACAAAAAGCAGUAGUUUCCCAGUUAAAAAAUCAAUAAACAUGAUGGGUUUUGUUAUUGUCAUUCUAUUAACAUCAAUAAUCUAUCUGUGUGAGAGCAGCUACAACAUAACAUUAAUCUCUCAAACAAGGUCAGGGUAUUUGGAAAAGUACACAAGCUAUGCAAGCACAGUUUUAAUGCACUUCAAUGUACCUGAAGACACUUCUCUUGCAUCCUUCAAAUUCCGAGCCAGUGACAUGAGCUACUCCAUUUUUGGAUGCACAGAUCAGAAUAUCACCCUAUACUUAUCUAGAGGGUCCCCACCUGUGAUCAAUCCAGAAGGCUACACUUUUCCAGCUGACUACUUUCUGCGAGAAAAACCAGCACUGCACAAACUUGAGUUCAGAUCUGAUAAGUAUUUCAAAUAUUUGAAUUUAAGUUCUCCCAUGCCUGGACUUUAUUAUGCAGUUGCUUUUCUUCCUUACUCAAAUCCACAAAAUGAAGGAAUCACACAAGAAGGCUUAACGCCAGAGUGCCACAGUUACAUUGACGCUAGCAUCUAUGUCAAGAAUGAACAUGAAAGUGUGGAGUUGAUUAUGUUUAAGACACAAAUCAAAGCUAGCUUGGACGGAACAGGGAACAGCAUUUAUAAAUUUUUCAUUGACGAAACGGUCGAGCUUAUCCUCAUCAACUUCGAUAUAUCGAAUAUUUGUGAUACUUGUAACGUAGUUGGUAGAAUUCAUCCUUAUAACAUCCCAUCUGUCAACAGCACUCCUGUUCUCAGUAUUAACAACACAAUCCACAAUCCUUCAGCGAGGAUACCAGUAAUAGAUGGUAUUUACUACUAUCUCACGUUGCAAUUAGACGAUGUAGAGUCUAAAGCGGAUUUCUCGUUCAGUAUUUUACCGGUGUCGAUGAAAAAAACACCGAAAAACUUUAAUAACUCUUUGUUUUUGAAUGCUGUGCCGAAGACACAUUAUGAAGUAAUGAAGCUACCGCUUCCUUACAAGGAAUACAGUUUGCACAAGAGCAGAAGUGCGGACAGCUUCUUAUUCACUUACGAGAUGCAACCUCUAAAGGAUGGGUCUGUGCCUAUUGCUGUUAACAUUAGCAGCACAGACUUUUCUGUAAUAAGGUUCCGGGUAGACGAUGGACUCGACGUUGGAGGCAGUCUUCAGUUAGUAUUGGCAUUUAAGCCGAGAAUAGUGCGGAAUGGAAGAAUGAUACAUAGAGAAAAAGAACCGAAGAGUCACAGAAUUGUUGCUUGCAUUUCAAAUAGCGAUAAGAGAAUACCAACAUUCCCUAACCAUUGCAGAUAUAAGGACCUACUUACUUUAUCGCCGAUAUCUUUGAACACAACCAAUGAUAAUGAUAGCGUUUUAAUUCCUUAUCCAGAAUCUGGAGACUGGUAUUUCUCAUUCAGGCUUUUCUGCUCUGAAUGUGAAUCGUGUCAGGAAUGUUCAUGUCCUGUCAAUUAUAAAGAAUGCAGAGGAAACUGCACUAGUUCCCAGUGUUUAAGUAAGUGCGAUGAAGCUGAUCGCGAAUGUCAAAAAGAUUGCAAGUGUAAGGAUGGCUGCAAAGAAAAAGAGUGUAAUUCUACAGUCCUCUUUGAUGUCAGUUCCUAUCCUUGUGUAAGUAAUGGAUGUGGUCCAAAUGGGAAAUGUGGAUUCCUAGUUUCUGAGGGAUUUGUGUACUCUUCUUGCAUCUGCACCAAUAAAUAUAAAGGAUGGGACUGUACGGACGGCUCCGAUGCGAAUUCCAUGGGUAUGAUCAUACUAGAAUUGGUACUGCUUGUGAUCAGCAAUCUGCCAUUUCUCGUCACCGUUUAUUUCGCGUACAAGAGGAAGUAUUACGUGGAGAUGGUUGUUUACUUCUGUAUUUGCGUGUCAUCUUCAUUGUAUCACGCAUGUGACGCAGGCGAGAAUAUUAUUAGUUUCUGCAUUAUGAGACUUAAUGUCUUGCAGUUUUGCGAUUUCUAUUGCGCCCUACUGGCCAUUUGGGUGACUCUAAUCGCAAUAGCUCAUUUACCUCAACCUUUUACCUCGAUUGCACACAUUCUUGGUGCAAUCCUUUUAGGUGCCGGUACUACGUGGGACAAGACGUCAAUGUGGGUGUUCCUUCUACCACUGAUCAUCGGCAUCGUGAUAAUUGCAGCGCGCUGGGGCCUGAAAUACUAUAGAACGCGUACUUUAAUUCCCAGCAAAAGAUACUUGAAGAUUUACGUGCCAUGCGGUUUGAGCGUAGCACUCGUCGCAGUUUUAUCCUAUAGUAUUCUGCAAACCCAAAGCAACUACAAGUACGUCCACAGUCUGUGGCAUACAUUGAUGGCUAUUACAGUCGUUAUUUUAUUGCCAAAGAGAAAUUUAUUUAGUGUUGAACCACAAUUUAUUUAAAAAUAAUAAUAUUUAAAUAUAUAUACAUCAUGUCCAUUUGACUGACAUCAUCUACAGAUGUUUUCCAAAUAUACUUUAAUCAUG